AUGCUGCUUGCCGGUGAUGCACAGGCUCCUGUCACGACCGCUGCCGUCCCUAUGGUAAUUGACCAGUGCGCGACGUGGCAGGCAGCAAGCCACACUCCGCCGUCCUUUCCUCUCAUGCUCAGCCUCGGCGGCAAGCGUCGCCGCUUGAGCGAUGACGGCGACGACGACCCGUGCGAGCAAGCCAAGCGAAUGCUGCUCGAGGAAGUUGAGGCCGGCCCCAAGCACUCAGCGCUUUGGCCAUCCACGGCCAGCACACUUCCGGCCUCCGUCCUGGUCGUGUAUGCACACAACGCGCAGCGCUUCACGUGCACGCUGUGUGCAUACACGGCCUCAAGCUUUGCCUCGCUCAAGCGAUACCGGGAUCCACGGCACUGCCGCAUCACCUUCCUUGAGCACUUCCGGCAGGUUGUCCAUGCGGCACGCCUUUCGUGUCGAGGCUGGCUGCAGCUAACCACGCUCGCGCGUGUGCAAGCCUCCGCGACACUUCGGCCGCGACUGCAUCAGCAGCAGGUGAUCUCAGCCCCACUGCUGUCGAGCACCACGUCUGACAGAUCAAGAUGGAGCCCGCCGCUCCCACGGCAGCUGGUCGCUUUUCGCGUUGCGUCUCGCCUCGGCGAUGUCUCCGCCCCUCGCUGGGGACCACCACUGCCUUGCGGCGUGGUGGUGUCAAGAAUUGCUGACCAUCUGCUCCCGCCAGAGCUAACGGAGGGGGAGGAGACCAAGGCAGGUGAAAGCGACGACGAGGACGAAGCUGAAGAGGGUGAUGGCAAGUGGCUACUGCGCUUCGACGGUGCCUGCCGCAAGAACCCUGGCCUAGGCGGCGCCGGCACUGUGCUGUUCAAGCCCAUCGGCCCCGUAGUGUGGGCAUGCUCCCACUACAUGCCGAACAGUAGCGAGACCAACAACACCGCUGAAUAUACGGCGCUUCUGGUCGGCGCAAGGUCUGCCGCCGACGACGGAGUCACGUGCCUGCGGGUUGAGGGUGACAGCACACGGGUCAUCCAGCAGGUGCGUGGCAUCUUUUCCACACGCAACAAGCGGCUGAGGCACCUGCGACUCGCAGUCAAGGCAGAGCUGGUGCGGAUGGAGCGGGCAACGCUUCACCCCAUCGACAGGCAGGCGAAUGGUCAUGCCGACCGCCUCGUUAACGCCGCUCUUGACCGCCUCGCGACCGAGUUGGAGUGCGGGGUGCACACCGAUGGACAUGGAUGCACCUCAACCUCCACGACGCCCCCUGUAUCCGCAGCUGCACCUCCGCCUGCCACACCGCAUGGCGCGGUGGGCACCGAUGUCCCCCCAAGCCCCGCCGAUGAUGAUGACAUGGGGGACAUCGAUGAUGGUGAGGUGUAUGCAGCGAUGCGUGUGGGGCCUGAUGCUGUGCCUCAGCGCCGGUUGCGUCUGCGCCUUCGCGCAUUGGAUGAGGACGAGCAAGAGGCUGCGUUCAGGUUGGUGAAGCGUCUAGCUGCGAAGCUAGCUGCCAAGAUCAUGGACGCUGAUAACUGGGAGGAGGCAGAGGGCUACAUCACAGCCCUCCCUUAUGUACUGUACGAUCACCUGCAGCCUUACUCCCAGACACAGCACCCCGCCCAACCUCGUUCGCAGCGCCGGAAGGAGCCGCACCAAGGCCAAGCGCAGGCCGUUCCGCACGACGGUCAGCGCCAAGGUGGCAGCCGUCCACGUCCACGUCGUCGCCAUGGUCCCUCUGGUGGUGACAAGGGUUGCUGGCGCACGCGUCCGCCCCGUGUGACACGUCAUCACCGUGAGCACCGGCUUGACGAGGCUCUGGACGACAUGCAUGCUGUCCAGCGCAGCGAGCCGGGCAACCGCAAGGUUGUGGCUAAGGCACGUCGCCGUGUGGGGAGGAUUCACUCCUUCCUAGAGCAACACGGCCUCCGCCACUUCUACGGCACCGAUGAGAAGGUGUGUGUUGAGAGCAUCCUGGCGACGGCUCGGUCCAAGCGCGAUACAGAUGAGGCUGCAGCCACGCCAUCCGCUACCACUGCACCUCCGCCGGACUGCGUGGACGUGGAAGAAGGCAUCUGCCCCAUUCAAGGGGAGUCCCUGCACCAGUUCUUCACGGUGGUGAACACCCCGAUAGGUGCCUUUGACCCCAUGGCACCGGUAGGUGCUGCAUUCCGCACGGCCAUGGACCGCCUGCCGCCAGCAACCGUUGACAUGGCACUGCUCACGGAUGCGCCGUCGUCACAGGAGAUCGAUGACCAAGUGCAGCGUGCGCGUGGCAGUUCAAGCCCCGGCCUGGACGGUGUCGGCUACGACAUCUUCAAGAUGUUCACGGCCCAGCUUCUGCCCGCUCUACACGCAGCGUUCGCGCGCUGCUGGCAGUCCAAGCGUGUGCCGCAGAGUUGGAAGAUUGGCGUGGUGCGCCUGCUGCACAAGAAGGGCGAUCGGCUCGACCCAUCGAAUUGGCGGUCGAUCUGCUUGCAGCAGGCCAUCUACAAGUUGUACGCCGGUGUCUUGUCGCGUCGCUUUACGCGCUGGCUCGAAGUCAAUGGCCGCCACGCUGAAGCGCAGAAAAGCCUUCGAGCCAUGAACGACUGCGGGGAACACAACCUCCUCGCAGCCAUGCUCGUUGACCAAGCCCGGCGCAAGCAUCAAGAGUUGCAUGUCGUGUGGUACGACUUUGUCAACGCUUUUGGUAGCGUGCCACACGACUUGCUAUGGGAAGCGCUACAACAGCAGGGUGUUUUGACCAAGUUUGUCGCUUCUUGCCGUGGUCUCUACGCAGACGCAGCGUUUACAAUUGGUAACGCUGUUGAUGGGACCUCGGCGCCAAUCGCGUUGAAGGUGGGGGUGUUUCAAGGCUGCCCACUCAGCCCCCAUCUCUUUACUGCCGCGAUUGCCCUGCUGCUUCACGCGCUCAAGUCGCUGCCGGACACUGGCGUGAAGAUGUCAAGCGAAGCCCGUCCCGGUGCUGCUGCUUACGCAGACGUCUUGAAGACAUUCAGCAGCACCGUGGACGGUAUCAAGCAUCAGCACUCGGUGGUGCACGACUUCCUGCGCUGGACCGGCACGAAGGCGAAUCCGCACAAUUGCAUUACCCUGUCGGUCCAGCGGGAUCUUGCACCAGCGCUCACUCAGCUCAAGCACGAUGCGACGGUGCUGAUGCAGUCCGGGCUGGCGCCGUGGCAGGUGGUCAAGGCGGUCAAGGUGUACUUGUACCCUCGGGUUGAGUACGCCCUCCGGCACCUGAGGUCGUUUGCUCAGCAGCUGGAGGUUUUUGACCGUCAUCUUGUACGCGGCCUUCGACACCUGCUACGGCUACCCACUAGCGCCACGACGGCGUUCUUUUACGCUCCUGUUUCUCGUGGUGGAUUAGGGUUCUUACCCUUGACGGAGCUGCAUGGCGCCUUGCAAGUUGCGCAUGGGUGGCAGAUGCUGCACUCUCCUGACACUGCCAUCCAGCGCAUAGCUCGCCAGCAGCUCCGUCAGAUUGCUGAAUCAGGAUACAAGCUGGACGCCUUGGCAUGGAGGGACAGAGAGGAUGAGCUAGGCGAGCUCCUCCUCAACAGCAAUCUGGGGACGUCGGACCCAGCACCGCCCAAGCGAAGGAAUGCUGACAUUGGGUCGCUGUGGUUCGACGUCCGGGGUCACCUUCACCGCUUCGGCCUCAAGUUUGAGAUGGCGUCAGCGGUGGAGGAGACGGGGACGCCGGCGCAGAGGUUGCAGCUUCGCGUGCCCUACGACGCUGGUUGGUUGGACCAUCGGGAUGUCCAUCGGCACGUGAAGCCUCACCUCAAGAACAGGCACUAA